GGGCCGCCUGCAGAGUUAAGUCCGGGGCCUUGGGGUUCUCUGCUCCGCCGCCAUGGAUCAGCUGCGCGCAGGCGCCCGCCUGAGGAUCGUGCUGGGACACCUCGGCCACCCCUCGGCCGCGACGGUAGUCGCCCACCCCACUUCAGGGACAGCUUCCCCUGCCAGUUUCCAGCCUCAGCAAUUCCAGUAUACUCUGGAUAAUAAUGUUCUAAGCCUGGAACAGAGAAAAUUUUAUGAAGAAAACGGGUACCUGGUCGUUAAGCAUCUGGUGUCGGAUGCUGACAUUCAGCGCUUCAGGAGUGAGUUUGAAAGAAUCUGCAGAAAGGAAGUGAGACCACCGGGCUUAAUGGUGAUGAAAGAUGUGGCCGUUGUGAAAACGGAGCAUAACCUGAGUGAGAAAUCGAUUACCAAGGUCCAGAACUUCCAGGAAGACGAGGAGCUCUUCAGAUACUGCACCCUGCCCGAGAUCUUGAAAUAUGUGGAGUGCUUCACCGGACCCAAUAUUAUGGCCAUGCACACAAUGCUGAUUAACAAACCUCCAGAUGUUGGCAAGAAGACGUCCCGUCAUCCCUUGCACCAGGAUCUGCACUAUUUCCCCUUCCGGCCCAGCAAUCUCAUUGUUUGUGCUUGGACUGCGAUGGAGCACAUUGACCGGAACAACGGUUGUCUGGUGGUGCUCCCCGGCACCCACAAAGGCCCCCUGAAGCCACACGACUACCCACAGUGGGAGGGAGGAGUUAACAUAAUGUACCAUGGGAUCCAGGACUACGAGAAGAACAACGCCCGUGUGCACCUUGUGAUGGAGAAGGGGGACACAGUUUUCUUUCAUCCUUUGCUCAUCCAUGGAUCCGGGCACAACAGAACCCAAGGCUUCCGGAAGGCAAUUUCCUGCCAUUACGCCAGUGCCAACUGCCACUACAUUGAUGUGGAGGGCACCAGCCAAGAAAACAUUGCGAAGGAAGUUUCAGGAAUGGCGGAUAAAUUCCUGGGCUCUGAGGGUACCGUGGACUUCAAGGAUGUUUGGAUGUUUCGAAGUCGACUUGUGAAAGGGGAACGCAUCAACCUUUGAAACAACCCUUCGCUAAAACUCUCCAACAGGAACCCAAAACAAAACCAGGUGUCAGAAGAAAACCCUUCCCUGUGAUGGUGUCAUCUGUGCCAUCACUCGUUAACAAAAUCACAAACCAUGGCUCAGGUACUUAAUUGCAUCCAGUUAAUUCUGCAGUGCAAUGAGGGUGUGGUGAUGGAAGUAAAAACAGUAAAAGUCAAAUAGUAUUGUUUCAAGGAAAAUUAUCUGGGGUUACAACAAGAUUAAUAAAGAUAGUUGACAUAUAA